AUGAAGCUGGAAGGGCUGCGCGUGCUCAUGGUGUCGCACGGCCUGGACGCGUACGUCGUCCCGAGCGGCGACGCGCACUCGAGCGAAUACGUCGCCGCCUGCGACGAGCGGCGCGCGUGGCUCACGGGCUUCACGGGGUCCGCCGGCACGGCGCUCGUCGCGCGGAAGGCCGCGCUGCUGUGGACCGACGGUCGCUACUUCAACCAGGCCGCGACGCAGCUCGCCGGGUCGCCGUGGACGCUCAUGCGGACGCACGAGCCCGGCGUGCCCGACCUGCCGACCUGGCUUUUGGAGAACUGCGCCCCGGGCGCCAAGGUCGGCGUCGACGCCGCGCUCGCGCCGCUGGGCUUCGCGGCGGACUUCGCCGCGAAGACCGCGGGCGAGCUCGAGCUCGCGCCCGUGACCUCCGCGAACUUCGUCGACCUGAUCUGGGGCCGGCGGCGGCCGGCCGUGCCGCGCCAUCCCAUCUACGCGCAGCCCCUGGCGCGCACGGGCGAGACCGUCGCGAGCAAGAUCGCGCGCGUCGCGGCCGCGUUGGGCGACGCGAAGGCCCUCUGCCUCAACGCGCUGGACCAGAUCUGCUGGCUCACGAACUUAAGGGGCUCCGACAUCGCCUGCAACCCCGUCUUCUUCGCCUACGCGGUCCUGUCCCUGCGCGACGGCGUCGCGCUGACCCUCUACCUCCGGCGCCUCGACGGCGACGCCGGCGACGCGGGCGCGCUCCGGCGCCACUUCGAGGAGGCCGAGGGCUGCGGCGGCGCCGGCGGGCCGCGCGUGAUCCUGCGGCCCUACGCGGCCUUCGGCCCCGAGGCGUGCCUCGCGGACUGCGGCGGGGCCGGCGCCGUGGUCCUCGAGCGGUCGACCGCGACGCUCGCGAUGGCCUCGGCGCUGGACCCGUCGCGGCUCCGCCGCGUCGCCGCGUCGCCCGUCGAGACCUUCAAGGCCUCGAAGAACGCCGUCGAGAUCGCGGGCCUGCGGUCCGCGGGCGCGCGCGACUGCGCGGCGCUCGCGGGGUUCUUCGCGUGGCUCGAAAACCGGCUCGACCGCGGCGAGCCGGUGAACGAGGCCGAGGCCGCGGACGAGAUCUCGCGGCGCCGCGCGGCCUUCGCCGGCGAGCUCUACAAGGGCGACUCCUUCCCGACGAUUUCGUCCGCGGGCGCGAACGCGUCCGUGAUCCACUACCAGCCGUCGCACGAACACUGCGCGCCCGUCGCCAAGGACGCCGUCUACCUCUGCGACACGGGCGCCCAGUACGCCGACGGCACGACGGACAUCACGCGGACGACGCACCACGGGACGCCGACGGCCGAGGAGAAGCGGUGCUACACGCGCGUGCUCCAGGGCCACGUCGCCAUGGCGUCCGCGGUCUUCCCCGAGGGCACGCCGGGCUUGAUGCUCGACGCCCUGGCGCGCGGCCCGCUCUGGAAGGACGGGCUCAACUACCUCCACGGCACGGGCCACGGCAUGGGCUCGCUGCUGAACGUCCACGAGGGGCCCUUCGGCGUCGGGGGGGGCGCCUACCUCCACGAGAUCCGCGAGGGCUACUACGUCUCCGACGAGCCGGGCUUCUACAAGGACGGCGCCUUCGGGUUCCGCAUCGAGAGCGACUUGGUGUCCGUCGCCGCGGACACGCGGUUCGGCUACGGCGCGCGGAAGUGGCUCAAGUUCGACUACCUCACGCCGCUGCCCAUGGCGCGGGCGCUCAUCGAGGACGCGCUGCUGAGCCCCGACGAGAUCUCCUGGAUCGACGACUUCCACGCCAACACGUGCUGGGCCCAGAUCGCGCCGAUGCUCAAGGGCACGCCGGACGAGGCGCGGACGCGGGACUGGCUCUGGCGCGCGUGCCGCCCGCUCGGCGAGGCCGCGUGUCCGGACGUGCCUCAUUAG